AUGUCAUCCUCAUCACUCAAGUUUAAUAUCGCUACUUUGCAAUCACUGUCAGCACUUGCUUCCUGCCCUGAUGAUUCUUCUCGCUCCAAUAAUGAAUACAAUGAGGGAGCACCUCGUGGUAUAUGUGACCUAUACGAAAUUCUCGAAGCUGUAAAUUCAAUUCCCGGAGUCCAUGAACCAACUAACACCGAGGCAAGCCUUGUGCUGGAUCUUGCAAGAGCCAAGCGUGAUGUCUUCCUCGCUCAGAAAGAGCUUGCAGACUGCAUGAUACGGGAAAAUGAGGUGUUUGCGAGCCUGCUCAGAGUCCGUGCAGCAGCAGCCGAGAAGAUGAUAGAUCAGACAGAUAUUGGGCUGGGAUGUAUGAGAGUUGUUUUUAGAGACCACGGUUGGUCCCACAUCCCUCCCAGUCGUCCGUCACAAGAACAAGGUCCAUCAAGUUUGCGUGGUUUACACAGGCGACGUUCUGGAAUAAUUCUUAAUUGA